AUGUCAGCACGACAGAGCAACGGUAUCCCUCGCCAGAAUGCCCGCGACGCCAUAGUACAGCAAUGGGAUCCCUCGCGACGACAAAAUGGCCAGGCACACCCCACGGGAGCUCCUCCUACACCACCUUUGAACGAUAGCGAAGAGGAGCACGCUGAAAGACAGAGGACUUUGCGCGACAAGAUUAUGCAGCAGGUUGAAGAGAAUGGAAUCGAGCGUCCACAAGGUUACAAUGUCUCAUACCACUACAACCGUCGCGUCGAGAAUAUGCACUUCGGUCGCACACAUCCCAUGAAGCCCUGGCGCUUGACUCUAACCAAGCAUCUUGUCAUGGGUUAUGGUCUGCAGUUUGCCAUGGACAACUACGAUGCUCUCCCCGCAAGCAAAGAGACUGUCGCUGCUUUCCAUGACCAAGACUAUGUCGAAUUCCUCUCAAAAGUCUCCCCUCAGACUUUCCAAGAACUAUCCCAAAUCUAUGAAGAUCGCAUCCCGCAGAGUUAUCCUGGAGAUCUCGUUAAGCUCGGUCCCUUCAACUUGUCUCCAUCGCCUGGUGCUGAUUGUCCUGUUUUCGAUGGUAUGCAAGAGUACCUCUUCUUAUAUACUGGUGCCACCAUGGAGGCCGUCUCUGCUCUGACCAACAACCAAUCCGACAUUGCCAUCAACUGGUCCGGCGGUCUUCAUCACGCUCACAAAUCCGAAGCUUCAGGCUUCUGCUAUAUCAACGACAUUGUUCUGGCAAUCCUGGAAUUACUAAAAUGUCACCAACGUGUUCUAUACAUCGAUAUCGAUGUCCAUCACGGUGACGGUGUCGAGGAAGCAUUUGCAAGCAGCGACAGAGUCAUGACGCUUUCUUUCCAUCGCUACGGUAUUAUCGACGAGGACUCCAAGGAGAAGCAUCUUUUCUUCCCGGGUACUGGCGCUCUGAACAGUAACGGCAACGAAAAUAGCGUCGGUAACCACUUUGCUCUGAACGUUCCUAUUCCUAAAGGUAUCGACGACGACCAAUUCUUACACCUCUUCGAGUCUAUCACUGGUCGCACACUUGAGCACUUCCGGCCUCAGGCAAUUGUUCUCCAGUGCGGUGCUGACUCGCUCGGCGGAGAUCGUCUAGGUCAAUUCAAUCUUAACAUUCGCGCUCACGGCGAGUGCCUGGCUUUUGUCAAGAAAGCUGGCGUGCCUCUUCUCAUUCUUGGUGGAGGUGGUUACACAGCUCGCAAUGUCGCUCGCGCUUGGACACACGAGACCGCUCUCGCAGUUGGCGCAACCCUCAACGAAGAACUUCCCAUGCACAUUGUACCUCGUCCUCAGGCCUUCAUGGGCAGAGAACACGGUGAUGGUCGUCUCUACCCCGAACUCGCCGGCUUCCACAAAAAUUACGUCACGCAAAAGGAGUUGGACCUACUGGUCGAACAUUGCCACGAAGAAUUGAGGUAUAUCCAACACGCACCCAGUGUUGUCAUGGACCGCCUCCCCAGCCGAGCCCAGAUGGAAGCUGCAAGGAGACAGGUUGACGACGAGAUGGAAGCAGACCGUGCUGCCGAAAGCGGCAGAGGUGAACGCGAAAGACGCAGACGUGAGAGGGGCACUGGUACUCGUGGAGAACUCCGAUAA